AUUCCUCCUUUUCCAAACGAAGGCAGAGGCGUUAGGGCUGAGCAAGCAGCUGGGACAGACGGGACGGGCCCGGACGGACCAGGUGAGGCCGUUCUGUCAUGGGGCCGGCUGUGGUGUUCUUGGGGGCCCUGGUGGGGCUGCUGGCUGGUAAGGAGAGCGGCCUGAGGGGAGGGCCCCCCGGAGGAGCUGCCCACCCGCUGCUAACCAGUCUUCCUCUGCUGAAAGCCCAGGGGACAGGGAACGACUGUCCUCAUAAAAAGUCGGCGACUCUGCUGCCAUCCUUCACGGUGACCCUGACCCCGACAGCGACAGAAAGCACAGCAAGCCCUGCGACCACGAGCCAUGGAACCACCACCGCGGGCGCCACCAGCCAUGAGCCCAUGACGGCCACUCACCGGCCCACGACCACCCCCCGCCACGGAAACACCACGGUUCAUCCAACAACGAGCAACAGCACUGCCACCAGCCCCGCCUCCACCAGCUCCCCCCACCCAGGGCCACCGCCACCUCCGCCCAGUCCCAGCCCAGGGCCCCAGGAGGCCAUAGGAGACUACACUUGGACCAACGGUUCCCAGCCCUGCGUCCGGCUCCAAGCCCGGAUUCAGAUCGGAGUUGUGUACCCAACCCAGGGCGGAGGAAAGGCCUGGGGCAUCUCCGUACUGAACCCCAACAAAACCAAGCCCCAGGGGGACUGUGAGGGCGCCCACCCCCAUCUGCUUCUCUCCUUCCCCUUUGGACAGCUCAGCUUCGGGUUCGAGCAGGAGCCACGGCAGGGCGCGGUCUACCUGAACUACCUGGCUCUGGAAUACAACGUGUCCUUCCCGCAGGCAGCGCAGUGGACCUUCUCGGGUCAGAAUUCAUCCCUUCGAGCUCUCCAAGCCCCCCUGGGCCAGAGCUUCGGCUGCAGAAAUGCAAGCGUCCUUCUGGCGCCGGCUUUGCGCCUUGACCUGCUCCACCUGAAGCUACAGGCCGCUCAGCUGCCCCCUUCGGGGGCCUUUGGACCAAGUUUCUCUUGUCCCAGCGACCAAUUCAACCUGCUGCCCCUCAUCAUCGGCUUGGUCUCGCUGGGCCUCCUCACCCUGCUGCUGGUUACAUUCUGCAUCGUCCGGAGACGCCCACCCGCCUACCAGCCCCUCUGAGCAUCCUUCCACCAGGUGACACCACGGAGCCCUGCGUUCUCACCACUCAACCGACUCAGCACCAAAGUUAGCUUCCCUCUCCGUCUUCAAGCACAACAGUGGAGCUAAGAUGUUCAUUAAACGUGCCCCGUUUCUCCUCUCCCGGCCCCAGAAUACUAAAACCUGCUCCAACCUCUGUCCUCGGUUUUCCCUGUCCUUCUGGGCAGGAUUAAAAGCCGUGAGUGUCGGUCACAUG